AAUGUUUUUGGUCUCCAGUAAAAGAUAGUUAUUUUUCAGGAAAUCAGUUGUCUAAUCAUGAUUGGCACAACUGAGAGGAAGGAUUGGACAAAUGAUUUAGAACGAUUGUUUGAUGUGAUUUACACUUGUCAGAAUUAACAUUUUCAAAUAUUUCAUUAGAUUUUGUAUCCCCGUGUAUUUAUGAUACUCGAGAUAUCUGUAACCAUUACGCCAUCCUUAUACAUCUAGUAAUCGACUCUACCAUUUUCAUUAUAGAAUCAUCAUAAAGCAAUCACCAACACACAUUGAAAAAAAGGCUUCAAAACACAUGAAAGCAUUCGCAUUAAAGAAACCAAAACCUCCUUUCAUAGAAAAAAAUGAAACUAACUCAUAUCCCAUGAUAGUUAUUAUUUUUACUAGACAAAUCUAAAUAACACGAAAGCCCUAAAAACCUCCAAAAUUAAGUAUAAAACGAUUUGAAAUAGGAAAGAAAUGACACAUAUCAAGGAUAUCAUACAUCGUGCAUCUGGCAACUCCGUUCAGCCCGUGUUGAGGCCGAGGAAAUUAUCAUUAAAGAUUAAAAAAGUCAUUGUGUCUUCUCCCGUUCAACCUUGAGUCUUCAAAGUGAGUGUGUGGAAUCCCCUCCGCAAGCUAGACAAGAUGACCGUGGCCAUGCAAGAGCCCUUAGUGCUUUUAGCGAGCUAGAGAGGGCGAGAAAGUUGAGUUGCAGAAUGGCAGAAGCUGGCCGGAACAGCGGAGGAAUGAGCCAGCCGGGAAGAGGCUCUGCAUACAGCACAAACUUUCCAUCACCCAUGACGUACCAGCCCAUGCAGGUACCACCAUUCCAAGCUGGGUACCAAGACAUGUUUGUUCAGUCAUACCCCAGGGUGAUGCCCAUCUCACACUUCCAGGGUAAUGUACUCUGCCAAGACAAUUCCCAGUUUCAGGGGAGUGGACACUACCAAGGAGAUAACCAGUUCCAGAAUAAUAGCCAGUUUCAGGCCAACAGCCAGUACCCAAGCUACAAUCACUACCAGAAUAAUGCACACUUCCAAGGCAAUGGUCAUUUUGAAGGGAAUGGCCACUUGCAGGGGAAUCAGUAUCCAGGGAACUUGCAGUAUGAAGGUAAUUUUGUGAUACCUAGUAAUCCAGGAACUAGAAUGAUGUGUGAUGAAAACUACCAGACAUACAUCGUAAACAAUGCAACGCAGGUGGCAGGGAUGGACUUGCAAUCAAAUACAAGGCAGUAUAAUUCUGUAUCUCAUAGUGUAAGAAGAGGCCCACCUCCAAAGUCAAAUGUUAGGUAUAAUUCGGGAAAAACAGACCAGAAUUGGUCUUUGCCAGUGGGGCAAAGCAUGCUUUCAAGUGGUAGUCAAACAAUGGCAGCAUCUGGCAGUAGUACAGUUAAUGUUUCAAAAGGAAUAGGUAAAAGUGCACCAGUGACUAGUGAUGGUUCUGUUGGAAAUGUUGUCAAUGCAAAUGCACCUCAAAAUAACUCAAGUUUUCAGAACAGGACUUACUCUGGUAACAACAAAUCAGGGAAUACAGUAGGAAACUUUACAAAAGAGUUACCCCGGAAUCCAAAUGCAAUUGAAAAUGAAGCCUUUGGAGGUGAAGCCAAAGUCAGUCCCCAAGGUAAUGAUUGUGAAGGUAUUAUCAAUGGAAUUGCAAGUGAAGGAGGUGUGAAGAAUAAGGGGAUGAAUCGGGGAAGGGGAGGAAAGGGAAGAAGAGGAGGAAGGCGAAACUAUGGUACAGACAGGCUGAGUCAAGGGCCAAACAUGCCUUACACCUGGUAUGAACCUCGAGGAGCUGCAUAUGACCAGGACCAGAAGAAACGGGAUAGGGAAAGUGCCCUGGCUGAGACUGCAGCAUUUAUGCAGAGGAUGAGUCUUGGCCGUACAGAUAACCCUCCCACAAAGGAAUUGGAUAACAAUGACAGAAGAUCUAGAGGUGGUCGAGGGAGAUAUGAUUGGGGUGGCAGUCAUGGCGGAGUUGACAAGAGACAGCAGAGAAACAAUUCUGAAGAGGAAAAGCAAGGGAAGGAAUGGAAGAACAGGCAGGUUCGAACUGAGGAUGGGAGGACUUAUAAUGGAGGUUAUAGUAAUGUUUAUGAUCAACCUAAUGAUCAAGAAAGGCCUCUUAGGCAAGAGAAGAACUUUGGCCGUGGAAGAAAUGGACGUAAGAACAACAAUGGAGAAGGGCAGGGGUUUGAUGGAGAGGUGGGAGAGAGGGAAGAAAGUGCCUCAACUCAGGGUCCAAAGCCAGGAAGAGGCAGGGGCAGAGGCAGAAAUGACAAUGGGAGAAAACUAUGGGGAGGCAGUGAGCAGAGUGAAAGGCCAGGGAGGGAGAGUGCCCCUGCACCAGUGAAGAAUGAACAGAAGGCAGAGAAGGAGAGCAGCCCAGUGGCAACACCCAGCAUAACAAGUUCAGGCAAGGAGGAUGAGCAGACCCAGAGAGACAGACUCAUGGAGCAGCUGAUGAAGGGAGUGUAUGAGUGCAUGGUCUGUUGUGACCGCAUCAAGCAGCACCACGCUAUAUGGUCCUGUGUCAACUGUUACAACUGCUUCCAUUUAGGAUGCAUAAAGAAAUGGGCAAAAAGUUCUAGUGGAGACUCUGGCUGGAGGUGUCCAGCCUGCCAAGCAGCCACGCCAAAAGUUCCAAAUGCCUACCUCUGUUUUUGUGGCAAAUUACGUGAACCAGAGUGGAACCGACGUGACACACCACAUUCAUGUGGAGAGGUGUGUGGUCGAGGAAGGAAGAUUGACUGGUGUAAUCAUAAGUGCAAUAUUCUAUGCCAUCCAGGACCAUGCCCUCCUUGCACAGCAUAUGUUAAGAAAACCUGUCCUUGUGGAGCCAAAAGUCAAGACGUGCGCUGUAGCAUCACGGAGCCCUUUGUUUGUGAGGGAGUGUGUGGGAAGGUGCUGAACUGUGGGGGCCACACUUGUGAAAAGCUAUGUCAUUCUGGGCCCUGUGGUGACUGUCAGCAGGAAGUAAUGCAGA